AUGUAUGUAUAUAUGUAUGUAUUUAUUAUUGUAUGUAUGUAUGUAUGUAUGUAUGUAUGUAUGUAUGUAUGUAUGUAUGUAUGUAUGUACGGUAUGUAUGUAUGUAUGUAUGUAUGUAUGUAUGUAUGUAUGUAUGUAUGUAUGUAUGUAUGUAUUUAUAAAGCCUUACCUGCAUGCCACAGUACCUUUUCCCUUGAUAUGCCAGCAACAGGGCAUAUGAAUGCUCCUUUUUCCUUCGUUUUUUCUUUGGUUCACCUGCAUUACACAGCAAAUAAUAAAACGAAUGAUAUUCAUAGCGCCCUACGCAUAUUUCCAGUUUUAGCCGGAUUGAAGGGCCUAGCAAUCUGA